AUGGAUGCGCUAGAAGAUCCUGUUCUUGCCCAGCCGGUCGGGCUUUGCUGUCUGAAAGGUUCCAUCCAUUCGGGAGAGCCGGCAGGCAAGAUCGUGCAGAUUGGAGGAGUGGACACCUACGUGGCCACACCAGACAAGACAACGUCCAACGGACAUGUGCUCUUGUUCUUCCCCGAUGCUUUUGGCUUGCACAUCAACAACUUCCUCACGAUGGAUGCGUUUGCUGCGUGCGGGUAUCUGACCUUGGGCGUCGAUUAUUUCGCCGGGAGCUGGAAGAACAAGCAUAUGAGCUCCACCGACCGCGUUGCUGCCAAGUGGGCAAGAGACGUCGAAGCGGAGUAUGGGCCGAACGGGGAAGUCAAGUUCGUUUGCGCAGGGCAUUGCUGGGGAGCGCGGUUCGUGUGUGGCCAGCUGUCCAAGGACGGAUUCUGCAAGGCUGGUGCCAUCGCCCACCCGUCAUUCAUGAAUGAGAGCCAUGUGAUCGGCAUUGAUGCGCCUAUUCUGUUUUCCGUGCCGGUCACAGACAGUCUCUUCAUGCCGGAGCAACGCCGUCGGGCCGUUGAGAUCAUGACGGAAGGAAAGAAAAAGUACAACAUGCAGAUCUUCUCCAACGUCGCACAUGGCUUUGCAUCGCGGGCAUUUUUGUCCGAUCCAUAUGAGAAAUGGGCGAAAGAGCAGAGCUUCAAAAGCUUCGUCCAGUGGUUUGACUUCUGGCUCUCUGUAUCGUAG